AAUGCACGUGUUUGUCCAGUUACUGUGUCUAGCAUGUUGAUGGCUCAGCCAUCUCCAUCUGAAUGAAGGGUGUACAUGAAGUUAGAUGUCCAUUCCUUCAAGUGACAUUCCUUGUUGGAGUGAAUCAUCUCUACCAUCUGGUUUUAAGCAACCAACUUUGUCCUCUAGUUCUUUCUGUAGAGAAGUUUCUUAAUGAAGACCGGAGUUUGCCCUUCAGCCAGGAGGACAGUGAUCUAACAGUUUUUUUCUUUUUUCUUUUCUUUUUUUACUGGUAACCUUGGAAAGCUCUGCUGACAGUCAAUGAUGAGUCUGGAAUCAGACAAACAGGAAAUGUGCUGGGGGAAGAAGGCCUGUGAAGAAGCUCCUACCACCGUGAGGGCACUGGGAUUUGCUUCUUUGGUCACAAUCACUUUUCUCUAGUAUUUGACGAGCAUGGAUUUCAACAGCUGCCUCUAUAAUAUUGGGGAAGAGUUGAACAGUGAGGAGCUGGCCUCCCUCAAGUUCCUAAGCAUGGAUCACAUUCCUCAGAAGAAGCAGGAGCCCAUCCAGGAUGCCUUGAUGCUGUUCCAGAGGCUCCAGGAGAAGAGAAUGUUGGAGGAAAGCAAUCUGUCCUUCUUGAAGGAGCUGCUUUACCGGAUCCAAAGGUUGGAUCUGCUGGCCAGCUGCCUGAACACCAGUAAGGAGGAUGUGGAGCAGGAGCUGCAGAUACCCGGCAGGGCCCAGAUCUCUCCCUACAGGGUCAUGCUUUUUGAGAUUUCAGAAGAAGUAAGCAAAUCGGAAUUGAGGUCUUUUAAGUUUUUUUUAAGCAAGGAGAUCCCCAAAUGUAAACUGGAUGAUGACAUGAACUUGCUUGAUAUUUUUGUAGAGAUGGAGAAGAGGGUUCUCCUAGGGGAAGAAAACCUGGACGUCCUGAAAAAAAUCUGUGUUCAAGUCAACAAGAGUCUGCUGAAGAUAAUCAGUGACUAUGAGACACUGAGUGGAGAGAGAAGAACAGGCCUUGAGAGAAGUCCAGAUGAGAUUUCAAAUGAGAUGUCUCGACUGCUUGCAAGAGAGGGAUCCCUUGAAAUGUUGACACUGUCUGAUUCUCCAGAACAACAGGGCACUGAGUCACAGGAAUCGGAUUCCCAGACAGUUUACCGGAUGAAAAGCAAGCCUCGGGGGUACUGUUUGAUCUUUAACAAUCAUGAUUUUAGUGUCGCAAGGAAGGAGGUAUCCAAACUUCACAGAAUUAAGGACAGGAAUGGAACAGACUUGGACGCAGAGGCUUUGAAAAAUACCUUUAGUAGUCUUCACUUUGAGAUAGUGCGUUACAGAGACAAUACAGCAAAGAAAAUCCAUGAAGUUAUGAAAUCAUAUCAAAAAAUGGACCACAGUAACAUGGACUGCUUCAUCUGCUGCAUCCUCUCCCAUGGAGACAAAGGCAUCGUUUAUGGUUCUGAUGGGAAGGAAGUCUCCAUCAGUGAGCUGACCUCUUACUUCACUGGAUUAAACUGCCCUUCCCUUGUGGACAAACCAAAGAUCUUUUUCAUUCAGGCUUGUCAAGGAGAUAACUACCAGAGAGGUAUAGCUAUUGACACUGACUCUAAACAGGAUGAUGACUACUUAGAAAUGGAUUCUUCAUCUCAGAAGAGAUACAUCCCAGACGAGGCUGACUUCCUCCUGGGCAUGGCCACUGUCAACGACUGUGUUUCCUACCGAGACCCUGCAGAGGGUACCUGGUAUAUCCAGUCACUUUGCCAGAACCUGCGAGAGAGAUGUCCGAGGGGCGAAGAUAUUCUUACCAUCCUCACCCAAGUGAACUUUGAAGUCAGCAAUAAGGAUGACAGGAAGAACUUAGGGAAGCAGAUGCCACAGCCAACCUUCACACUGAGGAAAAAACUCUUCUUCCCUCUUAACUGAUGCUGCUGUUUCAUUGUCUAACACUAUGCUGAAUUUCUUUGUGGAGCUAUUUUGCUUUUCUGUUUUGUUUUUCACAUAGUGGAGAACAAGAGAUACAAAAUGCCUAUUCCGUCUGCAAGAAGGCUGGUGGCUUUGUUUCUUGGGAGAAUGUAUCAGACCUCGGUUUCUGUUGACUGGGCUUGAUUCUAUGACAAAGAAUGCUGGUGCAGUAGAUCUGCAGAGGAGAGCUAGUGGACCUGUCUCAAAGGGUGGUGCUGGAGAAUUUUGUCAUCUGACCUCAGAAAAACAGCUAAUCAGUGAGCUUCAGGUGUAAUGUGUGUAUCACUAACUGCUCUGGGAAUGCAUGAGUCUCCUUUUCCGGCUUGAGAAGACCUUGAUUUUUUUUUUUUUUUUUUUUUUUUUAGUGCUAAAAGACACAA